UCACAGCGCUCAAGAGCUGAAGAGAUUUCGUCCUGUAGAGUGACAACACGCAGAGAGCUCUUGGCUCCAGGGUCCUGUUGUCCAGAAUCAAGCUCAAAAGUGCAAACGAAAAGUGACUUUAUCUAUUAAAAUAUGCUAUUAAUGUUUUGAAAGUGCCUUUGAAGAACCAUUGGAAUCCCCAACAAUGGGGUGGGACACCAAGAAGACCUCAGUGGGUCUACUUUGUUUUGUGAAUCUAAUCAAUUACAUGGAUCGAUACACAGUGUCAGGAGUCCUUUCUGAAAUUGAAGCCGAUCUGGACCUGGAACAUUGGCAGGGAGGAUUGCUCCAAACAGCUUUCAUUGUAUGCUACUUUGCUUCCGCUCCACUUUUUGGCUACCUCGGAGAUCGCUAUUCCAGGAAAUGGUUGAUGAUUGUGGGCAUGGUGGCCUGGAGUUUGUGUACACUCAUUGGGACUUUUAUGCCGACGUAUUGGCCGUUUUUGGUCUUCAGAGCAGCGAUUGGGUUUGGUGAAGCGGGCUUCACUUCCAUUGCUCCGACUGUGUUAGGGGAUCUCUAUGCGAAUGAAGGCCGCUCGAUUGUGUUGGCCUUGUUCUAUUUUGCCAUCCCCGUUGGAAGUGGUCUUGGAUAUAUUGUGGGCUCUGGUGUUGGAGCAGCCUUUGGGGAUUGGCGUUGGGGAUUGCGGGUGACUCCAAUCCUGAAUGUGAUUGCGGUUUUGCUCAUGAUUUUUUUCAUGAAAGAUCCUGAGCGAGGUGAGGCAGAUACUCUUAAUCCACAUCGGGCUGGCAACAGUUUCAAGGAUUAUGUGCAAGACCUUGUGUAUCUCAUCAAGAAUCGCUCGUUUAUCUUGACGACCUUGGGGUUCACCUUCCUCUGUUUUUGCACGGGUUCCUUAUCUUGGUGGGGACCAGUUUUUGUGGAAGAUGCCAUCAAGGUCCGGGAAGAAUAUGGCCUUGAAACAGCUAUUGGAGUCAAUGAUGUUGCUUUCAUAUUUGGCGUCAUCAUGUGUAUAGCCGGGGUCUUGGGGCUUUGUUUGGGCUCGGGCUUGUCGUACAAGCUCCGGGAUCGCUAUCCAUGGGUGGACCCGGUGAUCUGCGGGGUGGGCCUGGUAGUGUCCGCCCCAUUCCUGUUCUGUGCCCUUGGCUACGCUCAAGAUGGCGUUGUAUUAGCAUUGGUCCUGGUCACCAUCGGCGAGGCAUUCCUCAACAUGAAUUGGGCUGUCGUGGUUGAUAUUUCCUUGUAUGUUGUGGUGCCCAAUCGUCGAUCGUCGGCCGAGGCUUUGCAGCUGAUGUUGUCUCAUGCUUUGGGUGAAGCUGGCAGCCCUUAUUUGAUAGGUCUUAUGGCGGGGUCUUUGAAGGAGAACAUGAUUGGGGAUGCAUCACACAAUCCAUCUAAUGGAACCCUAAACAUGUCAGAUAUGGAGAGAGAUUACUACGCAUUUCAAUACUCCUUAUUUAUGUGUGUAGCCUUUGAAGUGGUUGGAGGCCUUUUUUUCCUCUGGGCGACACUGUACGUGGUGGAUGACAAACGAAAGGCUGCCGAAUACAUUCAAGAUUUCGACGAAAGUUUGGUGGGAGGCGAGAUUCAAAAUCCAUCCUUUAAUCAAGCCAGUGGAUCUUCUAGUCGUAGAAAUUCGGUCUCAAAAAAAGAUGUGAAACAAUCUUGACAUGUCUGCUCAACCAAACCAGCGUAUUUAUCAAAUACUAUAUUUACCAAAA